AUGUCUUUGGGCUACAAGCAACUAACUCCUCUUUGGCUUCUCCUACUCAGCAUGGCCUGCCUUCCAGUCAGGUGUGCGGAGGUGUCCCGCAUCAUUGGCGGCCAGUUUGCAGCGCCGGGCCAAUUUCCGCACCAAGUGUCGCUGCAGCUGAGGGGACGUCAUCAUUGCGGCGGCUCCUUGAUAUCCGACACGAUGAUCGUAACGGCGGCGCACUGCACCAUUGGCCAGAGCCCCAGCCAGAUGAAGGCGGUGGUGGGCACGAACGAUCUGGGCGCUGGCAAUGGUCAGACUGUUGACAUCGCUCAGCUGAUCAUACAUCCGCAGUACAAUGCGCAGAGCCAGGACUUUGACAUGUCGCUCAUACGGCUUAGCAGCCCUGUAAAGUUGGGCGGCGCCAUUCAGACCAUUCAGCUGGCCAACGCAGACUCCAACUAUGCGGCCGACACCUUGGCCACUAUUAGCGGAUUUGGUGCAGUCAAUCAGAAUCUGCAGCUGCCCAAUCGCCUCAAGUUUGCCCAGGUGCAGCUCUGGAGUCGUGACUUCUGCAACGCCCAGAACAUACCAGGACUCACGGAUCGUAUGGUGUGCGCAGGACAUCCCAGUGGACAGAUCAGCUCUUGUCAGGGCGACUCCGGUGGCCCACUGACUGUGGAUGGCAAGCUUUUUGGUGUCGUAUCCUGGGGAUUCGGAUGCGGCGCCAAGGGUCGCCCAGCCAUGUAUACGUAUGUCGGCGCCCUAAGGUCCUGGAUCAGGCAAAACGCAAAUGUUUAG